GGAAACUGGGCCAUCUGUUUUGAUGCCGGGUGCAGGCUCCGCGCUAUCUGCUACAGACUUGACUCCUCUUGUCCCUGAAACUUUCUCAAACAAUGCGCUGCCAGGCGGCGUCAUGCUGGCCUACAUCUGCGCAUGCUCCAGACCUUUCUGCAGUGUGGCAAGACUGCGAGAGUGGCGCACGUAUCCCAGAAACUGAGUCAUCCUGGCUGAUUUAGACAUUUAUUUAUCACUUACUGUCUGCGAGGCUGUAUAGCGAAUACACUAGACAAUUUUGCCCUGGGCUGUUUGGUAGCUACUGUACAGAUUAAGGUUGUACAGACUGCGCCUUGACUGUUGUGAAGUUGGCGAUUGUCUCUUAGUAUUGUUUGUGUUCAGCUGCCGGCUAACAUCAUUUUUACCGUUUGGAGGUCAGGCUCAAGCGGAGCUGUCCACCUACGGCAUCUUAUACCCUCGCAGAGAAUCGGUGCAUCAGCAUAUUUCUGAGAGUGAAACCGUGGGCAAGUUUUGGUAAUUUUCUUUCUCUCUCAAAAAUGGCCGCAACGACGUUCGAAAUGGACGGAAGUGUAAUGGAGGGGGGAGGACAAAUUUUGAGAUUAUCGACCGCUCUCAGCUGCAUUCACGGCACGUCAAUCAAAAUAAACAAAAUUCGGGCCGGCAGAAGCACGCCAGGUUUAAGGCCCCAGCAUCUGACAGGUCUAGAGCUGGUUAGGGAUAUGUGCGAUGGCAAUUUGGAGGGCGCCGUGAUCGGAUCCACAGAAAUCACUAUUUCUCCCGGUAAAAUCAAGGGUGGCAACCACAUCGCGGACACCCAAACUGCGGGGAGUGUCACCCUGCUCAUGCAGGUGUCCUUGCCCUGUGCCCUCUUUGCUAAGGGGCCUUCUGAGCUCUGCCUGAAGGGGGGGACCAACGCAGAGAUGGCCCCGCAGAUCGACUACACCCUAAAGGUGUUCAAGCCCAUAGUGGAGAAGUUCGGAGUCAACGUGGACCUUGACCUGAGGAUGAGGGGGUACUACCCCAAAGGUGGUGGAGAGCUGGUGAUGAAGGUGAACCCCGUUAAAGAGCUCAACCCCAUCAACAUGACGGCACGAGGAAACAUCACUAAGAUCUACGGCCGAGCCUUCGUAGCUGGAGUCCUCCCUUCCAAGCUGGCGAAGGACAUGUCUUCGGCGGCCCUGCGCACCAUCAGGAAGGAGAUCAAGGACCUGUAUGUCAACAUCCAGUCCCUGUCGGAGAGGGAGAAUGCCUGUGGCAGCGGAAACGGCAUCAUCAUCUUCGCAGAGUCCUCCACUGGUUGCGUAUUCGCUGGCUCUGCCUUAGGGAAGAAAGGUGUGUAUGCAGACAAGACGGGAAUUGAAGCGGCGGAGAUGCUUCUCAGAAACAUCAGGCAUAACGGCUGCGUGGACGAAUUCCUACAGGACCAGCUCAUCAUCUAUAUGGCCCUAGCUAAGGGCACAUCUCGCAUGCGCACCGGUCCCAUCACCCUUCACACAAAGACUGCAAUCCACGUCGCUGAGCAACUCACCGAGGCCAAGUUCUCAGUCAGCAAGGCGGAGGAUGAGAGUGCCACUAACGACACCUACAUCAUUGAGUGCCAGGGAAUCGGCGUAGAGAACUCCAAUCUCUAAGGCGCACACACACAAACAAACAAACACACACACACACACACACACACACACACACUACUGUUUUCCAUUGGACAGGGGGGCUGGCUUACCCCCUUCCCCCGCGCCCCCCCAGGUUGAAGGAGUGUAAUUUGAUUUGUAGUUUGAGCCAGUCGUGCCCCCCUCCCUGCCCACGGGCCUUACUCACCACCCUCUCUGUCUCAGGGUUUAUCCUUACACUGUAACGUCCAUCUGAUCGGACCUCUGACCUCACCUACCCAGCCUCCACAGACUUCCCUCUGCUCCCCUCACCUCCUGCCACUGGUCGCAGACCUGUUUGCUCUAUAACUGGUCUCUGACGCAGACCGUCCCCAAUUCUCCCCUCCAGUCUUUUUCUCCACAGCUAAGUAGCACUGUUAGCGUAGGGCAGCCGCCGCUGGUCAGAGAGUAGUUUACACGCCCACGUCUACAUGCACCCUCUGUGCUAAAGGCGGGGUCCACAUAGCUGCUUUAAGUCUCCUAAAUUAUUUAAGUUCUCUUCAUGUUGAGUGCUCCUGGGGGGGGAACAGUGUGUCUGUGUGUUCAUUCCACAGGUCUGCUGUGACAGGGAUUACUGUUUACGAGGCAUUAUUUAUACACAUGGAGAUGCUGCCGCAGGAGGACUGAAAAUGUCAUUUUUGGUUUGUUAUUGUUUUCGUUCUUUAGGUGGUCAUGAUCAGCAUGUUUUGAUUUUGAGAUAUUUUUUGGAAAAAACGUUAAAUAAAGAUGGCGAAUUGCUGGUAUGGCCUCCAA